UCAGCCCGGUCUUCCACCCCUCGUGUCACCACAAUCUCACUAGGCGCCAGUGAUGCCCGAUGCCCUCUCCAAGACCGUGCCCAUCUGGUCGGCCGUUAUCAAUCGGACUCUGUUCCCGUCCGACACUGCAUACCACCCGGUCCAAUUCCCUCCAAACUUCCUCGGUGCGUCGGAAGAGGCGCAGAUCGAGAACCGCAUUGAGGGUUUUAUGAAAUCACUCAGGGAUCUUAAGCUUGACUUGGACCACCUCAGGCAGCAACUUGGCAAGCCUAUUCGUAUCGCUUGGGCCAAUCGAUCCUACUUCCACCCCACGGACCUAUACAAAGCAGACGAAUAUAACCUCUUCGUCCUUUGCUCCGCAUCCAAACGGGUACAUGGCGCCGAGAUAUCGGAGGGUGGUUACAUCCAGGGGGCAGGGGAUGACAGUGAGAGCUGGGCCCACGGUUUGACGCCUCCACUAUUCUGGGCCAAUAAAUCCACCAUCUUUCAAACGGCCGAAGAAGAUUUGCCCCAGCUCUUCGAGGAGUUGGUCAACGUACAGAGUACGCAGGAAAACGUCCCUCAGGCCACCCUCAUCGCGCCGACUCAGAAUCUGUACAUCGGCCUGGCGGAUGGUCGUACAAACGAGAGUGGCAUUUAUGAUCUGGUCAUCGAUUGCAACGCGCCUUCAGACGCCUCGGAAGGCAACGCCAAACGGCUGAGCCUUGGGUGUGGAUCUGGAAAGGUGGGAGGUCGAGACCUGCGCAAUCACCUAGACAAGGUUCAAGCUUUCAUCGGCUCGCAGCUUGCCCCUCAUCCGUCACGGUCGUUGCUCGUGACCUGCGAAUCCGGAAAGGACCUUUCGGCCGGGGUCUUACUCGCCAUCUUGUGCUCGUCCUACGAUGACAGCGGGGCCUUCUCAUCCUCCACUCCACGCGGGGUGAACAAGCAGUUCAUCCGACAGCGCCUGGCAUGGAUCGUAUCGUCAAAACACGACGUCAAUCCCUCGCGCACCACACUCCAGUCUAUCAACGCUUUCCUCAUGCAAUAACCAAAUUAUUAGACAAUUAUAUCGUUGCAUUAUAUAUACAGCUCUAGCUGUACUCUAUACAAGUCAUCACUCAUGUUGGAUAUUUACUCAUUGGCCACGGCCUCCACGAUAGCCCCCGCUCGUCCCUGAUCCAAGGCGUUCAACACCGCAAAGUCCUCCUCGCUGAUGUCAAAGUCAAAGACGUCGGCAUUGCUGACAAUUCGGUCGGGGUUGUCGGUCUUAGGAAGCGGGACCCAUCCCUUCUGCAAAGCGUAGCGUAUCAGGACCUGCUGAGUACUCUUUCCGUAUUUCUUCCCCAGCUCGACCAGCGUGGGAUCGCUAGCCUUAUAGUUGC